UUGACGACAAAAAGAUUGUCAUCAAAACGCAUUUAUUAACUGGGUGUUAGAAGCCAAGCUAUUAAUACUGCAAGCUAGCUACUUAGCAUAGUUUAAUAACGACUAGCGCCCGAAUAUCAACACUGAACUGCAAGUCGGUUCCUAUUAAUAUUAACCAAUGCUGUGAAAACAGAAGAGUAAACGUCAAGGUUUACAGAAUGUAAGAGUAAAAAAGAGAGCAAAAAGUAAAAGUUUUAGAAUGACAAUGAAAUUAUAUAUGGAAUAUUUUCAUUCUAGUCCAGUAAAAGAAGCAGCACCAGCUGAACAGGUGGUCCAUGAUUGGUGGUUAAUAAGAGAUUGGUAUAAGUUACUUAUUUAUUACAUAUAGUACAUAAAAACAAUGAAUGUAUUAAUGAAACCUACACAUCGAGUCGAUGAGAAGUUAUCUGGAAAUAAAUGAGAUGUUAAUGAGAUGUUUUCUGUUUUCCAAUAAGGUCCAAUGGAAUUGUUGAAUUGAAUCGAAGUGAAUUAAUGUGUCAAUGCAAUGCAGUGGAUGCAUACAAUGAGUCUAUAUACAAAUGUACAUUAUGGAAGAAAAUGUGGUUGUUAAUGAGGUGCAUCAUUAUGUUACUUUUUAAGUCAUCUUUGUGUUCAGGUUAAACGUGUUUUGUUUAAAUGAUCUCUUAGUCCAGCUAAUUUAUUUUUAUUUGUGUGCAUUUAACUGGCAUGCCUACUAUGAUACAUCAUAACAGAUAAACAACCAUAUUGUCCCAAACUACAGCAAUGGAAAGGCGAAGGUGAAACUCUGCUCAUUGCCACAGUUCAGUUUGUAUUAAAAAUAAAACAGAGGAGUAUUACAGCAUGCCUCAAAAGACGAAACGCCUUAAAACCAUCAAACAAAGAAACCAAAUUCGAAGGCAGAACAGCACCAGAUCUAACCAGCACCAUCAACACUGUGAAAGACGAAGCAAAGACAAAAGACCAUGUAGUGAGUGUCAGGAUUGCAGUUGCUUACACAAGCUUUCCAUAAAGGAAAAGCCAUUUGCUAAGCCAUUUCCUACACAGAAGCCAAGCAUUAUCACCGAAGGUCGUCUUACAUCUAUCAGAGGCCUCUUCAGCCAUGAGGUCAGGUCUGUGGACAUUGAAAGACUGGUAAAGGAAAAGAAACAUCAAAAGCACACAGAAAAGCAUGAAACACAGGCCACUGCAAGUAAUUCCCCUUCUCCUUCCUGUGUAAUUCCCCAUUCAACACCCCCUGCUGUGAUUGCUGAAACAAGUGAAAACAGCAUUUCUGCAUGUACAAAUAAAGAGAAAAUACAUAAUUUACAGACUAAUUUAGAAGAGACUGACUCUAUGACUAUGCACAGUGAAGAUGAAAAUCACAGGUCUAACCAGACAUCAAAAGCUACUGAUAAUACUGCCAGAUCUGCAAGCCCACCAGGUCAGAAAGGAAUUCAAGAAGCUGUGAUUUUGUCUUCAUCAGAAAAUGAUAGUGCACAGAAGCCUUUUCAAACAUCCUUCAAAGUCACCCUAAAUGACCAUAAAGCCAUACCUAAAAAGAAAAACACACACAUUCAAAAGCAAACAAAGAAGACAAUUGCUUUAAUGGAUGUUCAACCUGAUUUUGUAAAUUCUGAAAGACUUUGCAUCCCUGUGGAUGCACCACAAUUUAAUCCUAGUCCUACAAUCGUCCCAUUUCCUUCACCCAGACUGGAUCGGAAAAUAAGUGCAUUGAGAGAUGAAAGUCUGCACAGUAAACCUGUUUUUUCAUCCAAAGAUGAAGCGGUGAGUAGAAUCACAGCUCGGCUCUGUCGUGAGCUAAGCCCUUUUCCAGUUCAGCGCUGCUGCCCUCUGCUGACAGACUGCAGUGAAGUGCUCCUGCAACACCUGCAUGAACGACAUGGGUCUCAGCUGCAUCACAACCUGCACAGGCUUCAGUCACUCCUCAGUGUCGAGGGGUUACAAUCCUCACAACCUGCCAAGAAAGUGUGGCCCAGAAACGAUAUGCAAAAAUAUUUAGAUAACACACAUCUGUAUUUCAGCUAUACAAGAAAACAUGAAGAUGAUCAACCGAAAGAGAUAAUGGAACUUCAGACAGAUAAUCGCUUGCAAAAUGAGGGAUAUUGUGAGAAUGUGGACAUGGAAGCAGCCAGUAAGAGGCAAAGGAAACAAACCUGGGGGAUAUACUCACCUCAGAAUUUUGUCACAAAACAACCAUGCAAAGAUACGUUAAGCCAGUGGAAUUUAACAGCACAGUCUCAAGAGUCUCUUACAGCAAAGCAGCACUCCAAAUCCCAGACAUUCUCCCUGCACCAGGCCUUCAGCAGGUCUCAAACUUCAACACCAAUGUCUUGCACAGGCGAGAUUUUUUACCCCUUUUUCCUGGAGCCUCAAAAGCAAGUACAAUUAAGCACUGGUGAAAACAGGAGACACAACACUGCACUGCCACUGCUAGAACAGUGGAGAAAUGACCCUGAUUUAAAUUUUCUGUUCCAAGACGAGAAUUUAACAAGAACCCAUACAUCAUUAGAUCCUCUAACAGAGUUGAAAAAUCAUUCUCCUGACCACAACAUUGAAAUUGUCAAUGAAAGAACACACUUUGGUGCUUCCAGUACUGUUUCAGCGUUCUUUCCUCCUGAAGGGUUUUGUUAUGAACCUUACUAUCGAUUUCCACAUCCAUCCAACUCCUUUAAGAGGUCUGAAAUAUCCAGUAUGAGUCUUUACACUCAGCCAGAUGUUGAAAAGAGGGGUCUGGGUCCAUCCUUGCACUCAACCAAUCCUUAUUUAUAGCAUUGGCCAUAAGCUAAGUGGCAUAUAUCUAUAUAUUUUAUAUAUAGCAUUUAUUGGGAUGCAGUGACUUUGAGUAUCAGCAUUAGAUGUUUAAAUAAAAGUAAAAGAUACAUACGGAAAAAUGUGUAAUAGUGAAAAUAUUCACUUUUCUUUACAAAUGUGUACUUCAACUCUGUAAUUUGAGCUUUGGGCCAAACCAGAUGACUCCACUAUAAAAUGUCUUAACUGUAUUGCAAAAUUAAUUUGCUCAGAUGCAUAUCUAUAAACCUGACAGAUGAUUCCUGGUCAUUACAGUUUUAUUGACAUGUCACAAUUUUGUAUUAUUGUGAAAUGGACAGCAUAAAAGAAUGGAUGAACACACCCAGUAACAUGUGAUGUAGAGAAUUUGUUUUCUGUACAGUAGGUUCUUAUGGCAGUACAUCAGCUUCUUGUUUGGGUUUUUGAUAGACCAAUGUACAUGUGCAAUAACAAUGCAUAAUGUACUUCAUAUAUAAGUUAUAGUCAAAUUUAAACAAGAAUGCAGAUUUGCAAUAAAGCAUUGUUUUAUUUACAUCUUUGUUUCUUACAAAAUCUUUUUGUGGUUGUUGCUUGUAUCUGCAUUUCUUUUUACCGUACUUAUUUUCUGUAUAACAUCUUAUUUAAAAGGAUUUAUGGUAUUUUCAUUCUGUUCAUUGUUCAUUUUCUCACCAGUGCAUACUGAAGUAAAUAAUCAUUAAAAGAAAAUGUUAUUAAUAAAGAAAUUGCUACCAUCUA